ACAAUAUCAGGGGCGGACUGACAACUCAUGGGGCCCCCGGGCAAGCCUAUGAAAAAGGUACCAGGGGCAUCUCCAGGGGAGGACUGAUAACUCAUGGGGCCCUCGGGCAAUAGGGGAUCAUGGGGCCCCUGUUUCCUUGCCCAAACUCAAAAAAGCCUAUAAAAAAAAAAGGUACCAGGGGCAUCUCAUGGGGCCCCCUACUGACCCCGGGCCCUCAGGCAGUGCCCGAGUUUCCAAAUGGUCAGUCCGCCCCUGCUCUCUACCUACCUAAAUGUUAGCAGUUAGCAU